AUGGACACUGAUGAUGGUGUUAUGAAACUCGACGGUGGUUUACGCGGUAAAUUCGUGUUCAACAUUAAGAAUGUUAUCGGAAGUGGUAAAUUUGGAACCGUCAUCAAAGGAAGGAAUAUGUACACGUUUGAAGAGGUCGCCAUCAAAAUUGAACCCAUUCGAUCUAUGCAUUUGCUUAAAGAGAAACAAUGCUAUAAGAUGCUCAAUGCCAAUAUAAACGAUCAUACUAUCGACGGCUUACUCAAAAUCUAUUAUUCUGGAAAUAUAGGAGUGAAAUAUGUGGCCAUGGCUAUGGAGUUGUUGGGUCCGUCGUUGAACGAGCUUUUAACGCUUUGCGGGAACAAAUUGUCAUUAAAAACCGUCCUGAUGAUCGCUAUUCAAAUGAUAUCCAGAAUCGAAUACGUCCACCACUGCAAACUGAUUCACAGAGACCUAAAACCAGAAAACAUAUUAAUCGGACGACCUAAGCAGACAUUGCCGUUCAAAGAGUCGGAGGAGGACAUAAUAUACUUGAUCGACUUUGGAAUGGCUAAAGCGUACAUUGACAGGGCCACCAAAAAUCACAUACCAUACAACACAGAAGUCGGCAUAUUUGGAACCUAUCAAUUUAUGAGCGCUAACAGUAAUUUAAGUAUAGAACAAAGUCGCAGAGACGAUUUGGAAUCUCUUGGAUACGUUUUACUGUACUUGGUCAACGGCACAUUACCUUGGAUGAAAUACUUUGAGAAAGACUAUGUUCAUGUGAAAAAGUGUGGAGAUCUGAAAAAAAAAAUCACAACUAAAACUCUUUGUGCUGAUUUACCGGAAGAGUUUGGCAAAUAUUUUGACAACGUAAAAAAAUUGGAGUUCUUCGAAACUCCCGACUACGAUGAGUUGAUAGAUCUUUUUCAAACCGUUUACAAACGAGAAAAAUUUCCUGAUGACAAUUUAUUCGAUUGGUCGACUGCACUAUAG